UGUGUAUUGCAAGUUGCAAUAGCAAUGGUUUCCUAUUUAAUUUACAUUUUAUAUCUUCAUAAGUUUUAACUUUUAACAGUUUUAUAUUGUUUUAAACCAUUUAUUAGUAUUAUUUGGAUAGUUAAUAACCGUUUGUGGAAUAAAUCAUACAAUAUUUAAAUGUACGAAAAUGAAAUGUUAACACCAUUGAGCUCUGGUACAGUUCUUAAUUAAUGGAUACAUUAUUUUGUUGUUUUAAAUCAAUACGAAUGACCUUCUUGUUCAAAAUUAACGUUCCAGACUUUUGAAAAACUGCUGUCAAAAUUGUUGUAUACAAAAUGAACACUACGAAAAGUCAAUGCGUUUUGUUAACCGGCGGCGCUGGGUAUGUUGGUAGCCAUACAAUUAUUCCUUUAAUUGAAUCCGGGUAUGAGGUGGUGGUCUUAGAUAAUUUAUCCAAUGCAUGUAAAGGACUUGAAGGACAGAAGCCAGUGCCUAUAACAAAAGUUGAAGAAUUAACAGGCAAAGAAGUAACGUUUUAUAAUGUCGAUCUUUUAAACUCCAAUUCGGUUUCUGAAGUUUUUGACAAGCAUGACUUUUGUUGCGUUAUUCAUUUUGCUGGUUUAAAAGCUGUUGGAGAAUCAUGUCACAUUCCAUUAACUUAUUACCGAGUGAAUGUUUCGGGAUCUAUAAAUCUAUUAGAGGUUAUGAAAGCGCACAAUGUCAAAAAACUAGUAUUUUCUUCUUCUUCUACUGUUUACGGCGAGCCCCAAUUUUUACCGAUUACUGAGGCACAUUCUGUCGGUAACAAUUUGCUUAAUGGAUACGCAAAAUCAAAAUAUUACAUUGAAGGAAUAUUGCAAGACUUAUGCAACUCCGAUAAAGAUUGGAGUGUGAUCAUUUUACGGUAUUUCAAUCCAGUUGGAGCACAUCCAUCGGGAAAUUUAGGAGAGGAUCCAACAGGGAUUCCAAACAAUUUGAUGCCUUUUGUCGCUCAAGUGGCUGUCGGCAGUCGUCCCUGUUUGCAAGUUUUCGGUAAUGAUUAUGAUACGGUUGAUGGCACCGGAGUUAGAGACUACUUACAUAUUAUGGACUUGGCCGAAGGGCAUGUCAGUGCAGUAAAAAAACUACAAACUAAUAAUAAGAACGGAGCAGUUGCAAUCAAUUUGGGGACAGGAAAUGGAUAUUCUGUAUUACAAGUUAUAGAUAUGUUCAGUCAAGUCAGUGGUCGUAAAAUCCCAUAUGAAAUCGUUGGACGUCGACAAGGAGAUUGCGCUUCAUCUUAUUGUGACGCAUCUUUUGCCAAGGACUAUCUAGGAUGGGAAGCCAAAAGAACUUUAAAAGAAAUGUGCCAGGAUACUUGGAAAUGGCAAUCGUUAUAUCCUCAAGGGUUUUCUACCUUAAAAUAAUUACGAUUAUUAAUUAAUAGGGAAAUUUUAUUACCUUCUUUGUUAAUUAUUUUACAAUUAUUAUUUAUUAUCAUUAUUAUUGUUAUUAUUAUUAUUAUUUUGGGAACCUUUAAAUUUGUUAUGAUGCUAUAAUAUAUUUUAUAGUUAAAUAUUCUAUUAUAUUGAUUGUAGACUUUAA